AUGCCAACGGGACAAUUCUCGAGACGGUUAGAAGAAGAUGGGUUCAAGAAAAAAUGGAGUGGAAAGAUGGCAAUAGAGUGCACGUGGCUAGAAUGGCAAGCGUUCAGUCGACAAAUUGAGAUUAGGCAUGAAUACAACAAUACAGAGAAACGAAUCAGUGCUCGUCGUCUCCCCGUUGAUGGGUUUCACGCUGAAUCACAAACUGUGUUUCAGUUUCAUGGUAAGUUGUUUUAAGGUAAUUAGUUAGGAUUAAGUUAAUUGUGUGGGAGUAGGUUAAUGAGUUUUUGGCGAUCGCGUGGGAUGUACUUGGGUUUUUCUCUUUGUAGGUUUAUAAUGAUUUAUUCUCUUUCUCUAGGUUGUUAUUGGCAUGGUCACAAUUACCAUCUCAACCGCGGAAAGGAGGUGAACGAAACGCCAGAUAAACCCAUGGUCGAAUUAUUGGAGGAAACACAGAAAAAUAGUGCUUAUAUUCGUAAACAGGGUUAUAACCUUGUCGAGUGUUGGGAAUGCGAGUGGCGAGCCACGAAAAAGACCAACAAAGAGUUACAGCGCUUCAUAGCAACACGACUACGUCGACCCUUGGCUAAGAUGGAAACCAUGAGUAUGGAGAACAUCCUAACCGCCGUGAGGAAUGAGACAUUGUUUGGGUGUGUAGAGUGCGACAUCCACGUACCCGAUAACUUGCGAGAUCACUUUCAAGAGAUGUGUCCCAUCUUUAAAAACAUAGACAUUUCACGAGACGAUAUUGGUGAGUUUAUGAAAACGUAUGCGGAAGAAAACGACAUCAUGAGACAGCCUCGGCGUAGUCUCAUUGGAAGCAUGGUCGGAAAGAAGAUCCUGUUGGCAACUCCUCUGUUAAAGUGGUACUUUAUAGAACAUGUAUACAGUACUUAG